AUGGACUUCAUAUUGAAAACAUUCUACCUCGUUAUUGGGAUAUAUAACAUCAUUGCAUUUGUCAAACAAUCACAUACUUCAAACUUCAAAGUACAUUUACUGAUAUUAUACAUUAUUCAAAUAUUAUUGAUUUCAGUAUCAUUAGUGUUGGAGUUAUUUGUGGUCACAGAAACUGUUGAACAAGAUGAAGAAUCAAUACUAUCGAAUCCACACACUGACUCCACCAAGUUCGAACUGAAACCUUCUUCUAUCGAUAAUGACAAUUGGAUGAAUACCAAUGUGGUGAGAUUUCAGAGUUAUAAAUCUGAUAAUACUGUGAUAAAUCAUAAUGAAGUAUUCAAACCAGAAAUCCAAACUAGAAAAGAGGUACAUAGUCAUUCUAAGAGUGUACCCAAUUUUCAAUUCACUCAUUCCAAGAGUCACGAGACUUUGAUCCCUAAUUUAUCAGACAACUCAAUCCAUUCACAUAUCAGGGAUUUAUCUGUUCUUGAAAAAGCAGUGGAUGAAGACAUACAACUCGAAGAUGUGGUGAGAAGAUCUAAAUCAACAGGUCAAUUGCAUAGCAACCAAAGCCAUCGAAAACGAUGGAAAUCCAUUAAUGACGAAAAAGUGUUCUUGAAAAACAUCAAUGAAAGCUUAUUACCUGCGGUAUUGAAAACCGGAGAAAGUCCAAUAUUGAUGUUGAAGAGACAACAGUCCCAAAUCUCACAGACUGUCGAAGAAAUACCUCCAAUUGUUAUACCAUCAACUACCGAACAUGGUGAUCUCCCUACCCCUAAAAAAACAAAGAAGAAAUACGACUUGAGUUUUGAAGAAGGUGAUGAUAAUUCCAUGAACCUCCCUUACAUUUCAGAAUUUGAUGAACCUGUUGAUCAAUCCCAAUUUAAGAAUUUUGAUUCAAAUUUUAAUGUUGAAAUUGAUGAAACCAAAUAUAAAGACAGUUUGAAUGGUUUGGAGAGUAUUCCCCAACCGGUGACUGACAAUUGGUUGUCUAAAGCAAAAUCAUUGAACUAUAUCAGUCUUAAUCAAUGGAACGAACACCAAACCGAGUACAAGAACGUGAGAGUUAGAUCAGGUUUAACACUUAAUGUAGCCAUGACUAAUUUAGUCGAUGAUAAAAAUUUGAGUAGUGCAACCUUAAUUAAUGAUGAAUAUCUUUUACCUCCGACAGAUCAACGAGCUGACAAUAUCGAUGAUUUGAGUGACAUUGUUAGUUCCACUAGUGAAAAAAAACCAAUGUUCACCCAACUGAAUAGAUCAUUUAGUGCUCCAUCAUUACACACAUUCAGAAAUGUUUCAAACGGUUCUCAAGAAAGUUCCAACUAUGAUCAACAAUCAAUUGUUGAAUCGGUGGUAAGAUACCAGACACCACCACCAAUUGAAAUUCAAUCAGAAGAACCACCAAUCUCACCCAUCAAGAAACUUCUCAAUCAGAGUCCAAAGAGAUUAUUCAGAAAAUCAGUCGACUUCAAAGAACAAUCAAUGCAUAAGCAUUCAGGCUCAAUCAUUUCAAGUACAUUUUCAUUACAUUCGAAUUCAUCGAAAUCAACAUCUCCUAAAAGAUCAGGUUCAAGAUCUUCGUCACCAAAACGUUCUUUUAAAAAUUUACUUCCCAAGAAAUCAGCUACAUUACAAAACUUACAACCUAAUCCAAGAAUUCUUAUUUCGCCAACAAAUUUACUAAAGCAGGCUAUAGUAAAACCCAAAAUUUAUGAUGAAGAACCUCAAUGGGAUUUAGAAACUUCUAAAUCUUCGAAUAAUUCCAGAAUUAGUUCGUUGCCUAGUGCAAUUAUCGGUGAAUAUGAUAGAGAAAAGUGGAAUACCUUGAAAACUCUACAAGUUCAACAUACCCCUUAA